AUGUAUUGCACAUUUAUCAGUCUGUGUCAGAUUGUUCAGAUCUCUCUCGCUUUCGUCAUCUAUCUAUCUAUCUAUCUAUCUAUCUAUCUAUCUAGAACAGUAUUUUCAUAUUUAUCUAUCUAUCUAUCUAUCUAUCUAUUUCUCCCCCUUCAUAUCUAUUUCUUUGACUAUAUUUCUAGCAGUUUCUUAAUAUUUAUCUAUUUGUGUCUGUUCGUCUCUUUUGUCUUUCUUCCUAUACUUAUCUAUCUCUAUCUCAGUAUGUUAAUAUCUAUCUAUCUAUCUAUCUAUCUAUCUAUCUAUCUGUUUCAGUUUUUUAUCUAUUAUUUUAUCCAUAUAUCUAUUUAUAUCAGUGUUUCUAUCUAUCUAUAUAUCUAUCUAGCUAUCUCACACGGAGUCACAAGCAAUCCGGACCGAGGGUUUGAUAUCUAUCUAUCUAUCUAUCUAUCUAUCUAUCUAUCUAUCUAUCUAUCUCAGUCUGUUUCUUUCUAUCUAUCUAUCUAUCUAUCUCACUUUUUCAUAUUCUGUUUCUUUCUAUCUAUCUAUCUAUCUAUCUAUCUAUCUAUCUCACUUUUUCAUAUGUAUCUAAAUCUAUUUCUAUCUAAAUCUAUCUAUCUAUCUAUCUAUCUAUCUAUCUAUCUAUCUAUCUAUCUCAGUCUCUUUCUUUCUAUCUAUCUCAGUCUGUUUCUUUCUAUCUAUCUAUCUAUCUAUCUCAAUUUUUAA